UGAACACUCACUCUUCGCCCCCACUUCGCCUGAAUGGUAGAGUGAUUCACAGCCCCUGGAGCAUUGUAAAGUAGUCCUUGAGCGAUGAAGACGACUUCCCUUGUGUCACAUAUUCAGUACCGACACGGUAGGCGAGUCCAGGUGGUUCCUGAGACUUUGUUGGUCUGAAAUCUGCCACAACAACACAAGCAGAUUUGGAUCUUUGACAGACAAUGUGGGGAAUUUUUUUAAUUAUAAGAAAGCAAAACGUCAACAGGACCAAAGGACAAGCGAUGGGCUUCCACUUCAGACUCCUGUUGCUGUUCCUGUCUCCAGUUUCUGUCACUGUUGCAGUGUAUCGGGAUUCUGCAGAUGUACCAAGACUGGGACCGCCCAUUGUAGAUGCGCAUCAAAGAGAAAUAAUCGCGUUCAGGCCAGACUUUGCAUCUCUGCCGUGUGCCGUAAGGGGGCGUUCCUCUACCACGGCCUAUGAAUGGAGAAAGGACGGCCAUGGGUUGAUCUUGACGCCUGCCAAGUACAGACUGGUCGAUGGAGAGCUGCAAAUUUUUAGUCUAAAGAGACCAGAAGACGAGGGGAAGUACCAGUGUGUAGCAUAUAACGAGGACGACGCGGAAAUAAGUCUACCGACAUAUCUAAGAAUAGCCUAUAUGGAACCAUUUGAACGAACCGUCCGUCUGCCUAUAGUCGUCACCGAAGGAGACACCUUCAGAAUCAGAUGCGAUGCUCCCGAUCAUUACCCAUUGGGUGCGUACAGCUGGUAUAAGGGCUUUCCUCUCCAGAGGGUAGAACCAGACGAGCGGAUUUUCAUCUCCAACAAAAAUGGGGACCUCUUCUUCAGAUACGCCACCUUGCAGGACUCCGGGAACUACAGUUGUGAGGUAGCCCCUCACAUGUACUACCCAACCGCACACAGUCCUGCAACGUCUGUUAUUCUCCGGUCGGGAAACGUGACAUCCAGACCUCCCCAUGUCGUCCUGUCCCCGGAGGUUGUUCACGCUGUGGAGGGGCAGACGGUCACCAUGCAGUGCUUUGACGAUGCAUACCCUGUUUCCGAGACAGUGUGGAAGAGAAGGGCGAGGAGAGAAGCCAGUGACGAGCUCCCCCUGCCGGAGAAUGCGGUACUGCAGAGUAACGACCACCUGUUAAUACUGCCAGACGUGAGGCGGGACUCAGACGGGUACUACUCCUGUGAAGUGGAAAACACACUGGGGAGAAUGAGCAUAUUAGGCAGGCUAACUGUCAACGUUCCCGCCAAAGUGACAUCGCCCGGUACGGAGACUCCUCUGCGUCUGGGGGAGAACAUCACCUUCAAGGUCACGUUCGAGGGGACCCCGCCCAUGACAGUCACGUGGUACAGAAAUGCAAAUGAGGUAGUGACGAGCGGGAAAUACGUCAUCAAGGGUGACACACUGACGGUCACUGACCUGAGGUUCACAGAUAGAGGAAGGUACCAGUGCAUGGUACAGAACGAGUACGGAGCAGACCAGGUGUUCUUCAGCCUUGUCGCCGUCGAACCUGCCAUAGUAACACCUCUGCAGGACCCGCAGACAGCCAUCCUGGGUGAGAACGCUACAGUGUCGGUGAGCUGGGAGGCCUCACCACCGCUCACUAUCAGCUGGAGACACGGGGACACCACUGUGGCCAGCGUCAACAUGGACGACACACAGACAGUCACGAUUAUCAACCCUAGAAUAAAUCUUACCAAAGAAGGCUGGUUGUUCAUCAAUGACGUCACACCAGAUGACGAGGGAGAAUACACCGUCACUGUUUCGAACCAGUUUGGGCAGGCUCAGGCGUCCAACCAUCUCACAGUCAUCGCACUACCAACAGAAAAACUAGGCACCAAUAACAUCCCACUGGUCAUAGGAGUUAAUGUGGCCAUCGCCGUGGUCAUCAUUGUCGGCGUGGCUGUCGCUGUAUGGAUCAUCAGGAAAAGACGGAGAGACAGGGUGCGCUCCCCAGCCCGGCCUGACGCCGUCAUCCUCCGGCCCGGCAGGGACGAGGCUUUCCGUGUCCGGCUGUACAUCGACGACAAAGUCCCGGUCAACGAAGACUUCGGAACGGAAGACACGCAAGCAUUGACGGCAGAUCUAUAGGAAAAAGCAUUUUUAAAAGGUCCAAGAAUGUUGCAAAUAGCGCUAGAUUUUAAAAGCAUUAUGACUAUUGAGCGUCUGUAAACAAAUUAUAGUAUAUCGAGGCUACUAAAGUGCAGGCGUUAGCACAAUGAUCAUGAAAAAUAUGAUGAAAUUUAAAAGCAAUAAUGUACAGCUUUUUUAAGCAAUGCAAAUUGGCAGUGAAUCUAAAGUGCAAUAAACAAGUAAUAGUUCUAUUUUUGCUUCCAGUCUUUGUAAGGUAAUAAAACCAUAACAGGGAUAGCGGGUUAUCUGUUUUAGUUACCGCAGUAGAACAUCAUCUUCAUAUGCAGCUAGCUUUCUAUAUGGUGUGCAAUGACAAAUUGUUUAAUUUCAAGUGGAAUAAAGUCGAUCUAAGGUCGCCAUUCUGUGUUAUAUUGUUUUUCUUGUCUUACGUGUACAAUAUAUAAUACUCCUUGCCAAGUACAAGUAGCCACAAACAGUAAUUGUCCACUUUGGUAAUGGUUACUUUACUCUACCCGUGUCAAGAACUCCAUUAGAAGUAUAAUCAAAGACUGGGUACUUGUUACUACUGUCAAAAUCAACUGUUGGGGUUAA